AGAGACUCUAUCUGCGAUAGUGUGGUCUUGGGCUUUGACAUUAACCAGCCGGUGUCACAGCAAACACUUCACCCCAACGUCUCUGCCAUCUGCCACACCCGCGCUGGUUUGGGGCAAAUAUUGGGACGAGAACACGGCUGCAUCCGUUCGCGACGUAGGGAUAGCCAUCCAUCUGGCUAGACCAUUACAGUACAGAACAACCAGAUUUUUAGCACGACUAGGGAGCUACGCCAAGGUCGCUUCCUAGAGUCUCUCCCGGUAUUCGUCGCAAUUAUCUAGGUUGCCUUCUGACUCCAAGCCCGAUAUCGAGUAUCCUUGACUAAAGAGCUGGAAAGCUUCCCGCGCCAGCUGAAGUUCAUCCACGUCGUAUUGCUGAUCCAAUCCAUUUCGCCAUCCCCACCACUUCCAGAGAUUUCCAACCACCAGAAACCAAAUAAUCGCAUGGCGGCGUCUGUGCAUUUAUCUCAUGACCGAGCACAGACUCGCAGGAUGCACCACCGUGCUAUGAGGCAGAUCACGGACGUGCUGGGGGUAUGCCUCAAUUCCACGCGCACGAAGGAGCAGUGGACAUGUUUGCGUCGCGACAAGCACCAGGAGCUGUACGCCAAACGUACAGGCCAAGGCGUGAGCAACGGAACGUCUGUGUAUUAUUUAGCUGUCAACGAGGCCUCGUGCGGCUUCGAGGAGGCCUUUGAUCUGCUGCAUUUCGACUCAACAAAGCAAUUCCGACUUAUGAUGAAGCUCCUUCACGGUCGCGACUUUAAAGAUGGCGCUCUGCUGUCCAUGCGGACAAGGGAACAUUCCAUUAGCGACUGGACCAUGGACACCCAGCACGCAGCAGUUUGGUUCAUUUAUCAGGACCAUCGCAAGUCUGUAUUGCUACGUGAACAACACCUGACGUUCUUCCAAACUCUUAAGAUUUUUCUGCCGGAGAACCAGCAACACAAUGAACAUAGUGCCGUGACGUCCAUGUCAGCUAAUUCGUCAAUGGCUGGACUGAAUGCGCGUCCAUCCGACGGUGUACACAAACGCACAAUAGCGUUAAGCUGGUUGCCAUUUCCUCGCUCCCAUGAAGCGAUGCUGGAGACGGCGCAGCAGGUCGAUCUGCAAUACACACUGAUCGUAGAGGAGAUUGCUCCUAACCGGUUGCGUCUAUCGUGCGUGACCAGUUCUUUUCACGACGAAAAUGACGGUCCUUUGGCCGGUUCGCCUAGAGCAGCGCGAGCCAUUGCACGGCGUCUGGCGUUGCGAUCCGUUGGGAAAUUGGAGUCAGCUGUGGCAGCUUCCAGAAUUGGCGACUGUCAACUUGUAGCCCCACACCAGUGGGUGAAGAAUGAGGACAGAACGAGUUGUGUCAUUUGCUGGAAACGAUUCAACGCCAUUUUUCGCCGUCGUCAUCAUUGUCGACUCUGUGGAGAGGUCAUUUGUGGCGCGUGCAGCUCGCUACGUACCAUUAAUAUCGUCAGUGUGAAGACGAAAGAGGUGCAGAAGACUCGCAUUUGCCAUCUCUGCAAUAAUAAGGCUCGACUGAAGACGAGUUCACGUGGGUUUUCAAGCAAUCACAACAGCAACAACUAUAACAGUCGAGCUCCACCGUCUCGUCAACGAAGAGAACGCACUCCUAUGCUUGAAUCGGGGUCAGAAUCAGAUCUCCCGCUCUCAUUGCGAGUACUUCCACCAAGUUUGAAACUUGUGGCAGGUCAAGACUUCAUGUUGCCUCCACGUUCAGUAGAUUUGUUACUGUCGGGACCAGUUAUGAUGGACGACUUUGAGGAAAGUGAUCGUGCCCACGAGUUCGAUAGUAUCGAGAGUGACGGCUACAUUGGAGCACUACCCGGUCGCUUUGUUGCAUCUGUCAACAGCAAGAUCAUUUCGAUCAAGUCCAUCGCUCGGAGUACCAAGAAUCUGUGGCAAGCGGUGCCUUCAACUACGUCAAGUAUGAAGAGUAUCUGGUCACUGCAAGCGCUUGACUCCAACAGCGUCGAAUCAAGCAUACAUUCUUCUGGCUGGGAAGGAGGCUACAAUUCUCGCACUGAGGCUUCGUACUCUGGGUUUGACGCCCCGCGUUCAGGUUAUACCGUAUCCAGAUCAUUCCUACACCCGGUAGCCAUGGCAUCAAGGUCGCGUAGAAUGGCUCAGCCGAUUCCUCUUGUAGCCGAUGCGAGCAGCUACAGCUCAGUGGACAGAUUGUCGUCCUACCGUCUUGUUGACUCGAAGGAGCAAGAAGAGGAAGACUUGAGGAGAUUUGACCAUCGACGAACGUCUUUGAUGAGCUCUAAUGUGGGUCUAUUAGACCAGGACUCCAUCGCUGAUGAGGGUUAUUUCUUACCUAAACUGGACGACGAUCGUGAAGAAGAGCGACUCAAGCUUCUGGAAGUGAUCGUGUCUCCUGCAUGCACGUUAGUUGACCGCACUCUCAUGCAUCGAAGCUGCGAACUCGCUGCCGCUGCUUUUGGUGUAAAUGCUGCUUUCAUUGCCCGCGUGAACGCCGAGUACGUGCUGAUUGAGCACGCCGUUGGUACUCGCGACCUAGCAGCACAGGACGAGAUCUUACGACGUGAAUCACUGUGUGAUUUUGUGCUUUGUCAGCCGCAAAACCAGCCUCUGGUCGUCUUGGAUUGUCUCGCCGACCCACGAACUCGAGAGAUUCCGAUGGUGCAGCACUUGCGUAUGCGUUUCUUCAUCGGUAUCAGCGUCUGUGUUCGUGGUCUUCCGAUCGCGUGCCUGUGUGCAUUUGGACAAGACGAUGACAAUCAGAAUACAGAGAAUCAUGGAAAGUUGACGGCGUCAUUCUACGAUUCGGGUAUCCUAGAAAACUCGGCACGGCAAAUGGAGGACGAGCUGGAAAGUCUCGUGUAUGGCUUGGAGCUGUGCUAGAUUUCCUCUAAAUGGGUUCAUCGCGCGGCUCCACCAGAAUCUCGUUCACAGCCACAUAUGGCGGCUGGGUGACAGCGUACAACACAGCUCGACCGAUAUCUUCAGGUUUGAGAACCUCGCACUCUGUAGAGUAUUCCGCGGUGAUAAAGGUAGAUCAUUAGAGACUGCGAAGCAAAUAGUAAAAAUAAAAAGUAGACUGCAACAAACCCCU